AUGGCCGGCUCCGGCGCCGGCGCCAGCGACGAGGAGGUCGUCCUCGAGAUCGAGCACUGCAUCCGCAUAUUCAAGAGCGGCCGCGUCGAGCGCUACUUCGGCUCCGACCCCGUGCCGCCCUCCACCGACGCCGUCACCGGCGUCGCCUCGAAAGACCACACCAUCUCCCCCGAGGUCGCCGUCCGCCUCUACCUCCCGCCCGUCGCCGCCACAGACGGAAAGAAGCUCCCGAUCCUCGUCUACUUCCACGGCGGCGGGUUCGUUCUCCACACGGCCUUCAACUUCGUCUUCCACGGGUACCUCACCUCCCUGGCCGCGCGCGCCAGGGCCAUCGUCGUCUCCGUGGACUACCGCAUCGCGCCCGAGCACCCCCUCCCCGCAGCCUACGACGACUCGUGGGAGGCGCUAUCCUGGGUGGCGUCCCACGCGCCCGGCGGUGGCGCCGGCGGCGAGGAGCCCUGGCUCGCCGAGCACGGCGACUUCUCCCGCCUGUCCCUGGGCGGCGAGAGCGCGGGCGCCAACAUCGCGCACCACCUGGCGAUGCGCGCCGGCGCGGAGGAGGGCCUGCUGCCCCACGGCGCGCGCAUCAGCGGCGGCAUCGUGCUGGUCCACCCCUACUUCCUGGGCCACGGCAAGGUGCCGUCGGAGGACAGCGACCCCGUGAUGGCGGAGAACGUGGUGAAGAUGUGGCGCGUGGUGCGGCCCGGGACGAGCGGCGUCGACGACCCCUGGAUCAACCCGCUGGCGGCGGGCGCGCCGCCGAUGGAGGCGCUGGCGUGCGGGCGCGUGCUCAUGUGCCUGGCGGAGACGGACGUGUGCCGCGACCGCGGCCGCGCGUACUGCGAGGGGCUGAGGGCCAGCGGGUGGGCCGGCGAGGUGGAGGUGCUGGAGGUGGCCGGGCAGGGCCACUGCUUCCAUCUCGGCAACUUCGCCUGCGACGACGCCGUCAGGCAGGAUGAGGUCAUCUCCAGGUUCCUGAACCUGUAGCGAAAUUUACGCAUCUGCGUGGCGGUCUUGAUGUAUGAUUUGUGUUGGAUUUGCCUUGAGCCCUUGAACAAACACCCCAUCUGAAUUUUCUGUGCUUUUGCCGACACAUAUGGUUAAGUCCAAAAGAUUGAUCGAUCA